AUGAAAGACCCUUCUUCCAUAAACCUAUCACUGGUGUUGUCCUUGGCAUUGGCCUUCACCAUCCUGUGUGUUGCAGAGAGUGCAUGGCAAAAUGAUACACUCGCCCUCACCCAAUUCCGCAUCCAAACCGACACACAUGGUAACCUGCUUUCCAACUGGACCGGCGGCGACGCCUGCUCCGCCGCUUGGCGCGGCGUGGAAUGCUCCCCAAACGGCAGAGUUGUGGGCCUCUCUCUCCCUUUCCUCAACCUUCGUGGCCCAAUUGAUUCUCUCUCCUUACUCGUCUACCUCCGCUUCCUCGACCUCCACGAAAACCGCUUAAACGGCACCGUUUCUCCUCUCUUAAACUGCACCGCCCUCGAACUCCUUUACCUCUCCCGCAACGACUUCUCCGGCGAGAUUCCGCCGCAGAUAUCCUCCCUCCGCCUCCUCCUCCGCCUUGACAUCUCCGACAACAAUAUCCGCGGCCCAAUUCCCAACCAACUCGCCAAACUAACCCACCUCCUAACUCUUCGGUUACAGAACAAUGCCCUCUCCGGCCACGUCCCCGACCUUUCCGCUUCCCUCCUCAACCUCACCCAACUCAACGUCACCAACAACGAACUCCGCGGCCACGUCCCCGAUUCCAUGCUCACCAAAUUCGGCAAUGCCAGCUUCUCCGGAAACCACGAUCUAUGUGGGUCCACCCCGCUACCCAAAUGUUCGAAAACUGAACCAGACACCGAGACAACAAUAACCGUUCCUUCAAAACCGAGCUCGUUCCCUCAAACAAGCAGUGUAACUCUCUCUGACUCUCCAAAGAAGAAAGGGCUGGGUGCAGGUGUCAUCGUGGCGAUUGUGGUGGCGGCUUGCGUGGCGGUGCUGGUAGCGAUGUCGUUCGUGGUGGCGCACUGCUGCGCAAGGGGAGGGGAAGGCUCUGGGUCGGCGGUGGGAAGCGAGAGUGGGAAGAGGAAGAGCGGGAGUAGUUCUGGGAGCGAGAAGAAGGUGUAUGGGAAUGGCGGGAACUUCGAUAGAGAUAGCGAUGGGACGAACACUGAGACGGAGCGAAGCAAGCUCGUGUUUUUCGAUAGAAGGAACCAAUUUGAGUUGGAGGAUCUGCUUCGAGCUUCGGCGGAGAUGCUGGGGAAAGGAUGCUUGGGAACGGUUUACAGAGCGGUGCUCGACGAUGGCUGCACCGUCGCAGUGAAGAGACUCAAAGACGCAAACCCAUGCGAGAGAAACGAGUUUGAACAGUACAUGGACGUUGUAGGGAAGCUCAAACACCCCAACUUAGUUAGACUCCGAGCUUAUUACUAUGCCAAGGAAGAAAAGCUUCUUGUGUAUGAUUAUCUCCCCAAUGGAAGCUUGCAUGCUCUUCUUCAUGGUAACCGUGGACCUGGAAGGAUUCCAUUGGAUUGGACAACGAGGAUAAGCUUGGUGUUAGGUGCGGCUAGAGGGUUGGCUAGGAUUCAUGCAGAGUACAACGCGUCCAAGAUACCUCACGGGAACGUGAAAUCCUCCAACGUGCUUCUCGACAAAAACGGCGUCGCUUUGAUCUCAGACUUCGGGUUAUCGCUGCUGUUGAACCCCGUUCACGCGAUCGCGCGGUUAGGGGGAUACAGAGCGCCAGAACAGGUUGAAGUGAAGAGGCUGUCGCAGGAGGCUGACGUGUACGCUUUCGGCGUGCUGGUGUUGGAGGUGCUGACGGGGAGGGCACCGUCGACGCAGUACCCUGGUUCCGCGGCUCGUCCGCGCGUGCAGGAUGAAGGUGAGGUGGAUCUUCCGAAGUGGGUCCGGUCUGUGGUGAAGGAGGAGUGGACCGCGGAGGUGUUCGACGAGGAGCUGUUGAGGUACAAGAACAUCGAGGAGGAGUUGGUGGCGAUGUUGCACGUGGGAAUGGCGUGCGUGGCGAUGCAACCGGAGAAGAGGCCGAGUAUGUUGGAGGUUGUGAAGAUGGUUGAGGAUCUGAGGGUGGAACAGUCUCCUCUUGGAGAGGAUUAUGACGAGGCACGGUCACGCACUUCGCUUUCGCCUUCGCUUCCCACCACUGAAGAUGGCCUUGCUUAA